AUCGUUCUAAUGCACGAUUUUGAGCUUCAGCCCUCCACCUUCAGGACCCAAACAAGAAGACUUAUUUCAUCUUUGAAGACCUGAAGACAACUAACGUUACUACUGCAGCCCUUUUCAUUUUCCUUGUUGCACUAUUUGACCAUGCCACGUUCCAGCAAACGUUCUACAGCGGCCAAGAAGAACUGGGCUGGUUCAGAUGACCACGGGUCCACUUUCGAGAUGCCGAGGAAGAACAGGCGGAAAGGGCGCAAUAAGGCUGCUGAUGCUGCUGCAUGCAGCGCCUUGUCUGAUGUUUCUCUAUCCACUGAUCCCCACUCUAACCCUUGUGAUAUCCCAUCUUCCUCUUCAUCCCCCAUCCCGCGCUUCACCUACUCUAAUUUUCCUCCUCUUCCGACGUCUCAGUCAUCUGUCUUUAGGCCCUGUGAUUCUCUUUCACAGUCUGUGCCUCUGUCGAGAUGUGAGACAGAGACCUCACAUUCUCAUUCACAGGCCAGUGAUACCCAAACUGUUCCUCUUAAAUCUCCAAGGUGUGCUCCACUACCAUGCCGUUCUGAUGGUGACUCUUGCCAUGUAAUAAACUUUGAACAAAUACCUAAACAAAUACCUGAGCAAAUGCCUGAACAAAUCUCUGAACACAACUCUGAACACAACUCUGAACUGAACCUUAAAAAUCUUGAACUAAUAACCUCUGACAACAUUGAGUCUGAAAUAACCCCUGACAACAAAAAGUCUGAUCUGAAGCCUGAACAAAACUCUGAACUUAACUUUGAGAAUCAUGAACUGAUACAUUCUGCUGUGUUACAGAGCACCAUGUAUCCAAGCUGUAAUAACAGGUUUCUACAAGGAUCUUUCCAUCAAGGACAUGUGAUGUUUGGAGCAAAUGCAGGUGUACAAUGUCUGACAAACAGUUUAACAGCAAUUUUGAUGAAUGAAUUAAAAGAUGUGUGCACAUGGCAAUGUAUUGAUGUUGAUAAUAUUCUUGUGAAUGGAAACAAGCUUUACACAUCAGUGCAAAACUGCAAUCAGGUAAAUGAUACUCAUCUUUUGGUAAGUGAUUUGCCAACGUCUCUUGUGCUUCAUCAUGUUGAUUUUACAAUUAAUCUUGGACAAGCAUUUAGUGGCAUAGUAGGAGUACAUGACUAUGAUCCAGAGUUGGCAGAUAUGUCAAUAAGCCUUUAUGAAGCACUCCAGAGAGUAUUACUAGGAGAUCACAGCUGUUUUUUGACAAUGAAUAAAAGUACUUGUGCCAUUAUUAAACACACCAAUGGUUACGCAGUGUUUGAUUCCCACGCACGCAGCUAUGACGGCCUUGUUCAUUCAACAGGAAAAAGUGUUGUGUGUUUCUUUCAAACAUUUGAGGAUAUGUACAGUCAGCACAUUAACAGGCUUGCAAGUUCAAUGAAUGCCUUUGGAAAACCUUUUGAAGUUUCUGGAAUCACCGUUACAAUGAGAUGUAAAGACGGACCCAAUGUAAAAACUAAACCAGUACACAGGUGUAGUAGACAGAAAUGUAAAGUCAAUGCCUUGAAACCACAUGUAACAACAGAGGCUUUUGUUGAUGUAAAUAUUCAUGUUCCCGAGAGCACUUGUGAAACAAAAACAGAGUGUGGUCAUGCAUUGCCAUCACAAAAUGAGAAUGUAUUGUGUGAAAACCAAAGGCCAGAAACAGAAAAUAUGCGAGCAGACACAAAAAAAAAAAGUGACUUGCAUGAAACAACUGGGGACAAUGUUGAUAAACUGAGUAAAAAUACUGAGGAUGUUGUUGUUGGUGAUGUGACACUGUCAGAAUGGACGUUUUCUCCAUUAACAUUUAUCAAUCAAACUGCAUUAUGUUCACAGUUAGAUUUGCAGAAUGUUAAUGAUAACCAUGAUUCAACCAUAAUUCAACAACCUACAGUAUUAAGUUGUCCAUGUGAAUCAAAGGCUAUCAGAAAAGAUGGAAACUGCUUGUUCCGGUCACUGGCUAUGGCAAUUUGCGGCAAUCAAAGCCCACACAUGAAAAUACGAAAACAAGUGGUAAGACACUUAAUGAAAAAUGAGAAAACAUUUCAAAGGUUUCUGAGAACUCAAUACACCUCUGUAGAACACUACAUAAAGUAUUCACGAAUGAUGUAUGCAAACACUUGGGGCACUGAAUUGGAAAUUAUAAGUGCAGCAGAUCUGUUCCAUACGGACAUUUACACAUUUAAUUCUGAUCGCUGGAACAUCUACAAAAGUCUUUCAAGAAGAAGUGACGAUGCCAUAUAUUUGAACAAUGUCAAUGGAAAUCAUUACGAAUUGGUAACAUGUGUAAGAGAUACACAUUGUGAAGGUGGAUGUGCAUCAUUGUGCCAAGCAAAAAAAGUUAUGCCAAAAUGUAAUGUAAAUUUGAGGAAAAGGUUAUCAACAACUGGUAAAAUGCAACAAUGCCAAGAUAAACUUGCCAUUAAGAAGCAAAAAUAUCAGAAUGAUUUUCAAUUUCGCCAAAAUUGCAUUAUGUUGCAACAGAAAUUAUAUGUGACAGAUGAUCAAUACAGAAAAACAAAAUUGCUGUCCAGCCGAGAUAAGUACAGAACAGAUGCACACUAUCAAACUAUAGUAAAAGAAUAUAGUAAAAUAAAAUACCGAAGUGAUGAUCUUUUUCAAAGUAAGGUGAAAGAAUACAGUAACAUAAAAUACCGUACCGAUGAUUACUUUCAAACCAGGGUGAAAAACUACAAUAAAAUAAAAUAUCGAAUUGAUAUUGACUUUCAAACUAAAGUCAAAGCAUUUAGCAAAAAUAAAUACAAGUCUGAGAUUGACUUUCAAAGUAGUGUUAAAAAACAAAGCAUGCAAACAUAUUUUGAUAAGAAAAAUCUGACAUAUUCCAUGGAUUUUGUCAUUGAAUCUUUUAGAAAAAAUGUCCAAGAAGGCCCUGGAUGUGUUUGCUCAGUUUGUCAUCGCCAGCUUUUUCGAAAGCAAGUCAUUGAAUGUAAACAUGAUAAGUACACAACCAGUCCAACUGUAGUUGCUUUGGCUAAAAAGUGCAUUACAGAAACAUAUUUACAGACAUGUAAUAAAGAAUGCGAUGAUAACUGCACUGCACAUAUUCAAUCAUCUAAGUUGUGGAUAUGUCACACAUGUCACCGUAAAAUAUGUGCUGGUAGAAUGCCUGAACAAAGUGUAGCCAAUAAUUUGCAUUUGAAAGCCAUUCCUUCUCAGCUACAGUGCUUAAAUUCCCUUGAGCAACACUUAAUAGCGAAACAUAUUCCUUUUAUGAAAUUGUUGGCAUUACCAAAGGGUGGACAAAAUGGUUGUCAUGGACCUGUCGUGUGUGUUCCAUCUAAUGUCAAUCAAGUAACAAACAUGCUUCCAAGAAAUGAUGGAAAUGAUUUAAUGUUACGAAUUAAACUGAAACGCAAAUUAACAUACAAGGGGCAUUAUGAAUAUAAACAUGUACAUACAAACCAUGUCUACAAUGCCUUAGAGUACUUAAAGUUAAAUAACAAAUGGUAUCAUGACAUUAGCAUCAAUAAAGAAUGGGUUAACCCUCUGGACAAAAUUGACGAUGUGCAAGUCAGUGAUCAACAAAAUGUCACACUCCAAAGUGCAGAAAAUCCUGAUCAUACACAUAUGGAAAUUUGCAAUAAUAAUAACACAACAUCUCAAGUUGACGCAACUCUUGGAGAUGUAAAUAAAAACAGUGAAAUAUGUAUUACUGCUGUGCCAAUAGAAAUGGUUAGUGAACCAAUGCAAACAACAAGCGUUGCUAAUAAAAGAAAAAAGAAAACAACAAUGGAAAAUGACUCAGAAAGUGACGAUCCUGAAGAAGAGUUGACAUACACUGAACAAACACAUGGAAUGUUUCUAGACACAUGUUUACAACCAGUAGAUAUUGCUCAAGAAGUUUUGGAUCAACAUUUUGACUCUGUGUUAUCGGUUGCGCCUGCUGAGAAUAAUCAUCCCAUUAAACUGUUGGAAGAUGCUACUAAUGAAGGUAAAUGUUUUCCUAUGUUAUAUCCAACUGGAGCUCCUACUUUUCAUGACCCUCGCAAAGAAAAACUAACCCUGGCAAAAUAUUUAAACACGCGUCUACUAAAUGCUGAUGGCCGAUUUGCUAAAAACACAGACUUUAUAUUCUAUGCGCAGUACAUAUCAGAGGUGCAACAAGUUUUGUCAAAUGUUUCAAUUGCCAUGCGCAAAGGUUCAGGCACUGAAUUGCCAGACAAAGAGCAACCCAAUUUUCUAACUGAUGCAGAAUCUUUAAAACGAGUGUUAAAAAAUGACGAAGGUUACAAGUUUUUACGACCUAUACGGGGAACACCCCCCUUUUGGCAAUCUGCACAAAAAGAUCUGUUUGCUAUGAUACGACAACUAGGAAUUCCCACAUGGUUCUGUUCAUUUUCCUCAGCUGACAUGCGCUGGCCUGAAAUGAUAACAACACUGAGUCAUGAACAAAAUAAAACUGUGCCUAUAGAUGAACUGACUUGGUCAGAGAAAUGUGCCUUGUUGAAACAAAACCCAGUUACAGCUGCAAGAAUGUUUGACCACAGAUGGCACAGUUUCUUGAAAGAUGUUAUUAUGUCUCCAGCUGCUCCUAUUGGCAAAAUAUCAGACUACUUUUACCGUGUAGAAUUUCAAAACAGAGGCUCCCCUCAUUGUCAUUGCUUGUUCUGGGUGGAAUCAGCCCCUCAAAUUGACAAAGACCCUGAUGAUAAGGUUGUAGACUUUAUUGACAAAUACGUAUCUUGUGAACUGCCAUCAUCUGACGAUGAAGAAAUGUGUGAGAUUGUCAACACAGUGCAAAAGCAUAGCACUAAGCACUCAAAAACCUGUAGGAAAAAGAAAACUGAAUGUCGGUUUAACUUCCCACGACCCCCAUCUUGUCGAACAUUUAUUGAUCGUAUAGUCAAACCUGCACAAAAUCCAUGCAAUACAGAACAAUCACAUCAACCAAUGACUGAGGAACAUGAAUUGAGAAAACUGAUGACACCAGACAUGGCUGAAAAGAUUUUGAAAAUGGUCAGAACAACUUUACUAAUUAGUGACCAAACAUUUGAAUCGACAGAGGAACUCUUUGAAAGCAUCGGAAUUUCACAAUUGCUUUUUGAAAUAGCAAAUUCACAACUAACCAAUAAAACCAACGUUGUUUUAAAAAGAAAUCCCAGUGACAUUUGGAUUAACCAAUUUAACAAAGACUUGUUACGAGCUUGGAAUGCCAAUAUGGAUAUUCAGUACAUUGUCGAUGCAUAUUCUUGUGUAGUGUACAUUAUUUCAUAUAUAUCCAAAGCAGAGAGAGAAAUGGGAUUGUUACUAGAUUGUGCACAGAAAGAAGGAACUAAAGGCAAUCUGGAUGCCAAAGCUGCAUUCAAAUCACUUGGCAGUGUUUACCUUCAUAAUAGAGAAGUGUCUGCACAAGAAGCAGUAUAUAGACUGACUGGAAUGCAUUUAAAGGAAUGCUCACGUAAAGUAACUUUCAUACCAACAGGGGAUUACCCUAUGCGCAUGAGUUUACCUUUGAGUGUAUUGCGAGACAGAAAACUAAAUGACAACAAUGAACAAAACACUAUAUGGAUGACAAGUGUAAUAGACAGGUAUCAACAUAGACCACAAUCACCACCGUUCCAAAAUAUGUGCCUUGCCACGUUUUGCUCAGAAUAUCGAGCCUUGAGUCAAAGUGAAGUCCCAGCUAAUCCAAGCGAAUCUGUUGUUCAACUUCAGGACAAAUAUGGUUACAUUAAAAAAAGGUCGCGCACAGAACCAGCUGUUAUUAGAUAUGCAAGACUGUCACCCACAAAAGACCCAGAAAAAUACCAUCAUAGCCAGCUCCAAUUGUUUUUGCCCCACUAUGAAGACUAUCAAUUGAAACCACAUCCUUUUGUUUCAUUCGAAGAGUUUUACAAUGUUGGAAUUGUACGUGAUUUCAGUGAUAACAUAGACACAGUUAAAGAAAUUAUUGAGAAUAAUAGGUCUUUGUAUGAACAAAAUUCUGACAAACUAGAUGAUGCUCAACUUGUCAUGGAACAACAAGGUGAUUUGGAUGAUGCAUGGGCACAGAUUUGUCCGCAAUCAGAAAUGGAACGGCUUCAGUGUUUACAAUCACAGGACAUAAUUCAUGAUGAAAAUGAUUUACAGCCCAUUUCUGAAAAUAUUCCAGACUUGACAGAAACUUUGCCUAUGACGGGUAACAUAGAAGUUAGAAAAACAUUUAUGACUAAAGAAGCAGCAUGGGACAUAAUGAGAUCUCUAAAUGAUGAGCAAGCGCGCAUAUUUUACAAACUACGUCAGUGGAGUUUAGAAACAGUAUGGGGACAAAAACCACAACCAAUACACCUUUUUGUCACUGGUGGAGCAGGUACUGGAAAAAGCCAUUUGAUAAAAGCCAUACAUUAUGAGUUGUCACGAAUUCUAGCACAAGUAUGUCCAAACCCUGAUGACACUACAGUCCUAUUAACAGCUCCUACAGGCGUUGCCGCGUAUAACAUUAAUGCUGCUACAAUACACAAUACUUUUUGUAUUGGCACAGAUGUGCGAUUACCUUACCAACCGUUAGGUGAGGAAAAGAUCAACUCUUUACGAGCAAAACUUUCCAAUUUACAAUUAUUGAUCAUUGAUGAAAUAUCAAUGGUAGACACCAGACUGUUUGCAUACAUUCACGGAAGACUAAGACAAAUCAAACAGUGCGGAGAUCAUUCUUUGUUUGGAAAAGUUAGCAUUGUUGCUGUUGGAGAUUUUUACCAGUUACCACCUGUGAAAGGAAAACCUCUGUACAGUGAUCAGCCAGGACUAAACAUUUGGAACAGUCACUUUGAAAUUGCAAAUUUGACUCAAGUUGUGAGACAAAAAGAUUCUACUUUUGCUGAGCUGCUGAAUCGCAUUCGUGUCCAUGAAAAAUCAACUCCUAUGUUGCCUGCAGACGUUGAGAUAUUGAAACAAUGCGAAACAGGAGAAGUCUUGAAUGUAUUGCACAUUUUUGCAACAAAUAAACAAGUUUGCUGUUAUAACUCUGAAAUGCUCAAUUCAAUUUGCCCAAAUGCCAUAAUUAUUGAAGCACAAGACUUUGACCGGAAUCCAAAAACAGGACGUAUGGAAAGAAAGAAUGGCCACCACAGGAAAGUUUUUAAUUCCUGUCUUAAGCCAAGUGUCAAUAUGGGAAUACAAGCUCGCAUCAUGCUGACAAAAAACAUUGAUGUUUUAGAUGGACUUGUUAAUGGUGCUUUCGGGACAGUUUUCCAAAUCGUGUUUGAUACAGACAAAUACUUUCCCUCUGUAAUACAUGUUGAAUUUGAUGAUGGCAAAAUUGGACAACUGCAAAGAGCUAAAAUAACUACACCAAAUAAUACUCAUCGAAACAUCACAAUCAUUAAACCCGUUGAAGACAGAGUCUCAAACAAUGGUGGAAUACGGCGGCAGUACCCAUUACAAUUAGCCUGGGCUUGUACCGUACACAAAGUUCAAGGUUUAACAGUUAACAGUGCAGUGGUAAACUUGAAAAAAGUAUUUUCACCAGGACAAGCUUACGUUGCUUUAAGUCGUGUCUCUUCUCUGUCAGGCUUAGUAAUUGAAGACUUGAAAGAGUCAAAGAUUUAUUGCAACAGUAAUAUCAAAGAUGUUCUUGCAACAAUGCCAACAUUCAUCUCCAAAAACUCACCUUCAACCACUCCAUUAUUCACAAUUGCUUUUCAUAACAUUCAGUCUCAAUGCACAUUUUAA